AUGAAAACUCCAAAAUCAAGAUCAGGAAAGAAAGCACCCACAUCCCACCAAACCAUCCAGCCUACACCCUUAAACAUUGUUCAUCCAUCCCCAUUGCUAAAAGAUGCACCAUUACCAUCACCACCACAAGAAACCUCUGACAACAUUCGACCAAAACGCAAAUCAUUCACACCAAAAAAAACCAUUCCUGAGCCUACAUCAUAUGAACCUCCCUCUCUCAAGCCAACCACAUCACCACCUCCAUCACCAAUACAGUCUACACCACCACCUUUUCAGUCACACACUUCACCUGAUGUAGGUUGUACUAACUAUGAUUCUGUUCCUGCAGCUUCUUUAGACUCUAUGGAGAGCCGUCUUGGUGCCAAGUUGGACACAGUAGAAGUACAGACUGAGUUCGUUGAUGAAGAAGAGACUGCUCCCUGA